CUGAUGGCCUUUGUGAUUGCGAAUUAUUUUUAGAUUAAAAAAUAAAUGAACUUAAAUAAAAAUGGAUGUCGUAGGCCUUUUAAAUAAUAUAAAUGAUAAAUCUGAUAUGUUUGCUGUGAAGACAUGGACAGCGGAAUGGUCAAGUAAUUUUCAAGAAAAUCAAUUGCUGUGGUCUUUCUGUGGAUGUCUUCUUGUAUCGUUACUCGUCGUCUUCUUCUAUUACUAUAAAAGAUGGCGAUUAAAAGAAUUAUCUGGUGGUACGGGAGCAAUAGAUGCUGGGGGGGAACCAGCGAAGAGGUUCCGCAAACGAGACAAGAUGCUGUUCUAUGGGCGACGUAUGCUGCGGAAGGUCAAAUCAAUUUCAAACUCUGGCCAGGGUCGUAAGAGGCGAGCGGUUAUGCGCUUCGCCAGAAAACUGUUACAACUGAAGAAGGAAGCAGCACCUGAACAACUUAAAGUGUUAGAGCCUCCAGCAGAAUACUUAGAAGAAGACUUAACAAGUGACGACCGCGUACCUCCAGAUGCACUUUAUAUGUUACACAGCAUCCGAGUCUUCGGCCAUUUCGAGAAACCCGUCUUUCUGAUGCUCUGCAAACAUACAGAGAUACUCAACCUACCCGCUGGAGCCUUCCUCUUUAAAGUCGGUGACACGGACGAGAACGUGUACGUGGUGCAGACGGGGCGUGUCAACGUAUACAUUACGAAUGCGGACGGCAGCAGUCUCUCGCUUAAAGUGGUGCGCGCUGGGGAGAGCGUCACCUCAUUGCUCAGCUUUACUGACGUGCUUACGGGUCACUCACAACCUUACAAAACAGUGAACGCAAAAGCGCUAGAAGAUUCCCAAGUGAUAAAGCUACCGAUGCGAGCUUUCCAAGAAGUCUUCAAAGAGUAUCCUGAUAUAUUUGUCAGAGUUAUUCAGAUAAUCAUGGUACGACUCCAACGUGUCACGUUCACAGCUCUUCAUCAGUAUUUAGGAUUGAGUGCUGAACUUGUCAAUCCGGGUAAGGACAAACGUCGUCCCGGAACUGUCUCCUCCCCUGGCAAGUCAAGUAAGGUGGUACUGGUGGACAGUGGCACCACAAUGCAUCCACAUAACCACUCCACCCAGUCGCCGCAUCACGAGCGCGUUGAACAUAUGGAGGGCGGACAUCAGACCUCCUCACCCAUACACAUCCAGGGUAGAAAACCCCGCCCCGACAUGGUGCCUGAUCUCACUUCUAACACGCCACAGCAGCAGCCCGACGUGCAGCCGACCUCCUCCUACAAAUCCAAAGAGGGCUCAUCUUUCAAGAAACAUAACACUGAUAAUCUUGAUGAACAGGCUUUAAUCCAAAUAGCGACGGAAGCGUUUGUGAAGGAGUUGGGUCUGGAGAGUGACAAUCUGUUGCGCGGGAACGUGCAAGUGAGGGACCUGCCUGCCGGGACUUACAUCAUGAAGGAGGAGAGUCAUAAGGACGUGGCUCUAGUGUACCUUCUAUCUGGAGCUUUACUGGUCUCGCAGAAGGUGGCCGAAGGUGAAGGGGAGGUGCAUAUGUUUACUGCUUACCCAGGUGAAGUGGAGGGUGGUCUAGCUGUACUAACGGGGGAGCCGAGUUUCUUCUCUAUCCGAGCUAAGCAUUUCUCUCGCAUCGGACUGUUGUCAAAGACGACUGUGUACAGCAUCAUGAGGGAGAGGCCCUCAGUGGUUCUGCACAUUGCCAACACCGUCGUCAAGAGAUUGUCACCUUUUGUCAGACAGGUUGACUUCGCUUUGGAUUGGGUGUUUUUGGAGUCAGGUCGUGCAGUGUACCGUCAGGACGAGGAGUCAGGGUCCACAUUCAUUGUGCUGAGUGGUCGACUCAGAUCUGUCAUCACUCAUCCAAAUGGGAAGAAAGAGUUAGUGGGAGAAUAUGGCAAGGGAGAUCUCGUGGGAAUUGUUGAGAUGGUGACACAAACACGGCGUAGUACCACGGUAAUGGCGGUGCGAGAUUCCGAACUGGCAAAGUUACCUGAAGGUCUCUUCAAUGCCAUCAAGCUGAGGUUCCCCGUCGUUGUGACCAGGCUUAUUAAUUUACUAGGACAUAGAAUUUUGGGUUCAUGGCAGAAGCCGGGCGGCGCGGGGCGUGGUCCUGCAGCACUAGAGCCGCGCUCCUCACAGCACACGUUCUCCACAGUGGCCGUAGUACCUGUGGGCGACGACGUGCCAUUAACUGCCUUUACAUACGAAUUGUAUCACUCGCUCAGUGCUAUUGGUCCCACCGUACGAUUGACCUCUGACGUGAUCCGGAAACUGCUGGGUCUGACCAUCAUGGACCCCAACAAUGAAUACCGCCUCAGCUCCUGGCUGGCGCAGCAGGAGGACAAACAUAAGGUGGCGCUGUACCAGUGCGACCCGAGCCUGACGCAAUGGACGCAGCGCUGCAUCCGGCAGGCGGACUGCAUACUCAUCGUGGCGCUGGGGGACAAGCAGCCCAGCAUCGGCAAGAUCGAGAAGGAGAUCGAACGUUUGGCGAUCCGUACUCAGAAGGAGCUGGUGCUGCUGCACCGGGAGGGCGGUGCUCCUCCAGCAGGCACUGUGCACUGGCUCAACAUGCGCUCCUGGGUGUCGCAGCACCACCACGUGCGCUGUCCGCAUCGCAUGUUCACUCGCAAGAGCCAGUACAGAGUUAGCGAGCUGUACAGCAAGGUGCUGAUGUCGGAGGCGAACGUGCACUCCGACUUCUCGCGGCUGGCGCGCUGGCUGACGGGCACCGCGGUGGGCCUCGUGCUGGGCGGGGGCGGGGCGCGCGGCGCCGCACACGUCGGCAUGAUACGUGCCAUACAGGAGGCUGGUAUACCAAUAGACAUGGUGGGCGGAGUCAGCAUCGGCGCCUUCAUGGGCGCGCUCUGGUGCAUGGAGCGCAACAUCACCACUGUCACACAGAAAGCUCGCGACUGGUCACAGAAAAUGACACAAUGGGGCAAACAACUCCUGGACCUGACUUAUCCAGCUACAUCCAUGUUCUCGGGGCGUCAGUUCAACGCGACCAUCCGCGGGACAUUCGGCGACGUGCACAUUGAGGAUCUCUGGCUACCAUACUUUACUGUCACCACUGAUAUUAGCUCCAGUUGUAUGAGAAUACAUCGACACGGUUCUCUGUGGCGAUACAUUCGCGCCUCGAUGUCACUCAGUGGCUACAUGCCGCCGUUGUGCGACCCUGUAGACGGCCACCUCCUAUUGGACGGCGGUUACGUCAACAACCUGCCAGCUGACGUAAUGCGAUCUCUGGGAGCGAAACACAUCCUGGCCAUAGACGUAGGCUCACAGGACGACACUGAUCUUACUAACUACGGGGAUGAUCUCUCCGGCUGGUGGCUGCUUUGGAAAAAAUGGAAUCCAUUCACUACACCUGUCAAAGUCCCCAAUCUUCCAGAUAUACAGAGUAGACUUGCUUACGUCUCCUGCAAUCGACAACUCGAGGAGGUGAAGAGUUCUGACUACUGCGAGUACAUCAGACCACCGAUCGAUGCGUACAAGACUCUGCAGUUCGGAUCGUUUGAUGAGAUCCGCGAGGUGGGGUACCGGCACGGCGCCGCGUACUUCGAGGGACAGCGACGCGGCGGCGGCGGCGGAGUCAGCGGUGUUGGCGCCGCGCCCCGCGCUCAGCCCGCUCAGCCCGCACUUACUGACUACACUUUCACGGACCUGGCGCAGAUGGUGUGCUCAGUGCGCACUGCGCAGGAUGUGGACAACACCUCCUCCUCCUCAUCAGAUUACGAGGAGGACCAGCGACACUUCGAGGGUUACGCCUCCGAGCCCAGCGCCGGCAUUUUAGAGAUGUCGUCGAGCGUAGAGGAGGGCGCGGCGUGGAUGUGUGGCCACAGUGACACGGAAUUGGAGGGUCUUCGCACACGUCGCGUCGGAGGAUCCCUCUCCUUGUCCGAGGACGAGAUCGACUCCGAAGCGGAGGUGUAUGACCCACUGAACAAGAGGGGAGGGAACAGGUGAGACGCGACCUUGCACGACCUGUGCAAGGCCCUUUACGAGUACGCGCGCGCAGACGCACACGCGUAAUGUCAAACUGACAGCUGUCAAGUCACGUGACGCUUCAAAUUUGAAUUUGACGUGUGGACGUUAUUUGACAUUCGAAUUUGAUUGCUCGAAGCAGUUUUUUUCUUUUUUGGAUGUAGAAGGCGAGGCAUUUUGUGUUAAUUGCCAGUGAGAGAUGUUUCAAGUAUUGCCAUUUUAAAUGUGAAAUUGUUUUUACUUUAGGUUCAGGAACUCAUUGAUAUGCUCUUAUUAAAAUAUUGUUUAAAAUUGAUGUUUUGAUUGUGCUGUAGUGAUUUUUUUCUGUGUUAUUUUUUGCAAUUUUUGUACGAGAUGUAUAUCGUCUACAAAUAUUAAAAAACUUUUUAUGUAUUGUUUUGCGAAUAUCGAUUAUUGUUAUUCAUAAGUUAUUUUAAAAUUCCAAAGUAUGCUGUGAUUAUUGUGAAAUUAAAAUAAAUGUAUGAUUUAAGUCAUUGCUUUUGCCAUCAGCUGUAUUGUAAUACUUAGUUUUAAUUAGUAUUUGUUUUAUAGGAUUAUUAAUUAAAUAAAAUGACUUCCGAUUUCGAUUUAUAUAAAUCGAUUGAAUUAAUCGAUAACUCGAAUUUUAUUCACCAAACGAUUAAUUUUCUUGUAGUUGACUACUAUUUAACUAAUAUAAUAUAAGGAGUUCAAAUGUUGGUAUCAUUUUAGGUAAAAAUCUUUCACAUUUCUAAUGUAAAAUGUAGUUAUUGCACGCAACCAACAAUAAAACUCUUU